CAGUCGGCCAGCUAUGGGCCAAGAUUAUUAUUCUGUGCUCGAGAUCAGUCGUAAUUCAGAGGAUGCCCAAAUCAAGAAGGCGUACCGGAGACUUGCUCUUCAGAACCACCCGCUGAGGUCAAGCGAGCCAGCAUCUGCAGAGAUAUUCAGGCAAAUAGCAGAGGCCUACGAUGUGCUGAGUGACCCUGUGAAGAGAGGCAUCUAUGACAAGUUUGGAGAGGAGGGCCUGAAGGGCGGGAUCCCUCUGGAGUUUGGAUCACAGACUCCAUGGACAGCUGGCUACGUCUUCCACGGCAAUCCUGAGAAAGUUUUCCAUGAGUUCUUUGGAGGAGACAACCCCUUCAACGAGUUUUUUAAUGAAGAAGGAAAUGAAGUGGACUUGAACUUUGGGGGACUCCGGGGUCGGGGUGUUAAGAAGCAGGACCCCUCUAUUGAACGAGACCUCUACCUCUCUUUGGAGGACUUGUUCUUUGGCUGCACCAAGAAAAUUAAGAUUUCCAGAAGGGUGCUGAAUGAGGAUGGGUACUCCUCCACCAUCAAGGACAAGAUACUGACAAUCGAUGUGAAGCCUGGCUGGAGGCAGGGCACACGCAUCAUCUUUGAAAAGGAAGGGGACCAGGGCCCCAACAUCAUCCCAGCAGACAUCAUCUUCAUUGUGAAGGAGAAGCUUCACCCUCGCUUCCGUAGGGAGAACAACAAUCUCUUCUUUGUGAAACCUAUUCCCUUGGGCAAGGCUCUUACCUGCUGCACCGUGGAGGUGAAGACCUUGGAUGACCGUCUGCUCAACAUUCCCAUCAAUGACAUCAUUCACCCCAAGUACUUCAAGAAGGUGCCAGGUGAGGGGAUGCCACUACCUGAGGAUCCUACCAAGAGGGGGGACCUCUUCAUCUUCUUUGACAUCCAGUUCCCCACCCGCCUCACACCGCAGAAGAAGCAGAUGCUUCGCCAGGCAUUGCUGACGUGAUUGUGGUGGGCUGGAGGCUGGUGCAGAGGUAGGAGGUGGCAAGCCAGGCCUUACCCACCUGCCAACAACCUGCCUGUGUGUGCCAGGAAGCUGGCCUUCUGCAGAUGUGAGAGUGAGGGUGGGAUGACAUAGGUCUU